UCCCACUGUAACGUUACGGAACUGAGUCAACGCAUUUUUCAGAAGAAGCAGGGUAGGGCGCACGGCGGCUGGCCCCCGCAAGAAUAGCUGUUUGCGGAGCUACAAGUCAGAUACUUGGCUAGCUGAACCGAUCAGCUAUCGCAACCAAUUGAUGUCUUCGGAUGAGAUAUAAGCUUUUUUAGUACGUUUAGUCGGUUUGACGGUGUUUCGCCCUUGGUCGUCCAGAAAACGACAAAAUGUCAGAACCUGCGGUGGCCGACACUCGCCGGUUGAAUUCCAAGCCCCAGGACCUGAUGGAUGCUUACGGCCCCCCCAGCAAUUUUCUGGAAAUUGACGUUUACGAUCCACAAACCGUCGGAGUUGGACGAAACCGUUACACAACUUAUGAAGUUCGUAUGCGGACAAACCUUCCUAUUUUCAAGCUGAAGGAUUCUUGUGUGAGAAGAAGAUACAGCGACUUUGAGUGGUUAAAGAAUGAGCUGGAAAGAGACAGUAAGAUUGUAGUACCGCCUCUGCCAGGCAAGGCCCUGAAGAGACAGCUGCCAUUCCGAGGAGACGAGGGUAUCUUUGAGGAGUCAUUCAUUGAGGAGCGGCGAGUGGGCCUGGAGCAGUUCAUCAAUAGAAUUGCAGGUCACCCCUUGGCCCAGAAUGAGCGCUGUCUUCACAUGUUUCUGCAAGAGGAAAGCAUUGACCGUAACUACAUUCCUGGAAAAGUAUGAAUGAAGUGAUAAAAAACCACCAGACACUGCCACGGCUCAGGGUGAAAGGCAGAAAACACCUCUUGCUUGAUGCUGGUGAAGCAUGAUGCAUGGCCACCCGUCAGUUCAGGUUAAACCUGUUCAUUUGUGUUACUAUGUUAAAAUGAAAGCUGCACACCGACCCGUGCGCUGUGUCGUACUUAGCCGUCAUCACAAUUUGAGUUAGCUGCCUGCCUAUCAGAAUGGGGGUCAAUUCCAUUUCAGGACAGUGAGUCUGUUGUACCCUCACAGUAAAAGCAGAACAUCUGGCUUCAAGUGUCUGUAAAGAUUUGUAGAAGAGAGGAUGUUUUGACAUCUUUGGAAAUAAUUAAAAUUCCACUUCCUGACUCAUCUAAAUUAAAAAUGGAAUUGACCCUAACUAACCUGGAGAGCUGGAUCUGAACUCCCAGAUUGUGUCAGCAACAAACUGGAGUGCCAUUCCAAAACAAAAUAUCCAUUUGAAAAGAAAUUAAAUUAAAAUAAACUAUAGUACUGUUUCAGCAAUAGUCAGUACUUAAGCCCAAAUGCCUCUGUCAAAUCGGGAUCUAUGCUGUAUGUUAAAGAUAUUAAACGAUUAACAUUAUUAUUAUUAUUUCAAAUUAUAGCACUUUUUCAGAGACUUUAACGUAAGCCCAAAUAUCUUUUUUUUCCAAAUUGGAGACUAUGCUAAAUGUUAGAGGUAUUGAAUGAUGAAUUAAAGAUGACUGUUUUCUAAAAAUGGAUUUGUCGUAUUUGGAGUGCAACUCUUCAGUUCGUCUGCAGGUCAAAUGCUGAUUUGUUUUUCUCUGUGGAAAACAAGAGCACACAGAUUUUCGGUAGUGCGACCACAGCCGUGCAGCCCGGUCCCCCGUCUUGUCUUGUCUUGUGCUGUAAAUUUACUCUAAUGCCCAAGUAACUGCCUGCGCAUAGACACAAGAUGAGUGAAUGCAGCACUGAAGUAAACAGUGCUCCUACACACAUCUGGAAACUGUAAAGCAAAGAAAUGAAUUUGAUAUUUGCUAUUGGUCUUAAAGUUUUAUUAUUGGUAGAAAAGCUGGAGAAAAAUGCGGAAAACUGUUAUAGGCUACAGUCAAUAUACGUAUAUUAUUACAUAUUUUAUGUAACAGAACCUAUUUUAAUUUCAUAUGGUUUCACAUGUUUUUUUUUUGUUUGUUUGUAAAUAAUCCCCUUCAGCUACAGAGUGAUUUAUUCCCCAGUCAAAAUAAACAUGCAGCAUAUUGAACUCUAAUAAUCAGAUAUAGUCAGCAUGUUAAGAUCUUGCAGAUGAAACAAAAUGAACUGUUAGUUGAGACUUUUCUGAUGGCUGUUCAGUACAGAGUCAUUGUGGGAUACAAUACUGUUAAUCAUGCUUCCUCUCUGUUUUUCUCUCUUCUUUUUUGACCUCGCUUCCUCUUUCCCUGUUGUUGGAAAGACAAUACAGACUGCUGGAGCCGCCCCAUGUACAUUUAUUUCUACUUCAUGUCAUAUUAAAGAUGGUGGAAAUGUCAGAACUAAAGAGUAUCAAUGAUAUAGAAGAAUUAUUGCACCUGGGCAAAACAUAAUUAGAGAUCAAAUGUAUAAAUUGUUUGGUAUAUCUUUAUUUAGUCAUUCCACAUGCAUAAUUUGAAUUUAUUAAUCAAUGAAAAGAAACCUGUACCAUAUACCCUUUGUCAUUUUAUCAGAGCUAGAUUUUUUUUGUACACUGAACAUUAUAUUGUUAUGACUUUGCUAUGUCUUCUUAAUUGUUUGAAUGUUCAAAUUCAAAAGUGUCAUUCCUUGCUUUCAAUGUUUUCUUUUGCUCGUGGAGAUCCAAUAUCCAUGAUAUCCUCCCAAAAUUGAGCCACAUGUAGCAUUAUCCCCCCCAAAACAUGCAGUAAAAUGGCAUUCCAUUUGUCUGAGCAUUUUCCCAUGAAAAGGAAAAGGAGUUUUGCAUUCUUGACAUGCUCUUAUCCAGUUGUUUAACGAUCACUUGUUGUUUUAACCUCGCCGUCUUAGUUGGGUCAUAAUGCCUAAGUUCUGGCUGUGUGUUGUCAAAUCAGCUAUUGGGAAUGUUGAGUCAGGUAAAUAACCAUAUCUAAGCACUGUGACAAGAGGUUCAUUAUGAACAAUAUUUCAUUGUUUCAAAAAGUAAUCAGCAUCUACUUUAUUGAUCUGAAAUAUGGCUUGUUCUCUUCUUUUCAGCUGUUUUUGUUGCUUCUAUCAAUAUUAUUGUGAAGCACAUUAAUACAUGUUAUCAUUGCAGUUUCACUGUGGCUGAAGAGGAACUUCCUUGUUGUUUGUAUUGACCAAUUAAACUCCCUGCUGCCUGCUGUA